CUCUCACCUCUUCUUCGGUCGGUUGUUGUUAGAAGUCUUGUGAUUUCCGGGUUGCCUCUCCCUUAGUGACGUCACACCACCAUACAUCCUUCCGCCAAUCAGAGUGCAGGGUGGGUGGAGCUGGAAAUAUAAGAUGGCCGCUGCGCGUAUACUGAAAGACCUGCUGAGACCGGGACGGAGGGUCUUCGCCCACCGGACGUGCGGUCAGUCUGUACGGAGCCGGUCGGACGUUCAGGCGGAUGGGGAGAUUUUCCUGGCCGAGAGCUGCGUCAGAAGGCUGCGCGAGGUGACCGGCGGCUCGGAGUUCCUGAGACUUCAGGUGGAGAGCGGGGGAUGCUCGGGAUUCCAGUACAAGUUCAUCCUGGACAAAGACAUGACGGAGGAGGACAGGUGAGCGUGCAC